AUGGCACCCAUCGUCUCUGUGAAAAAGCUGCCCACGCUGCAGGCUCAAUAUGAUGCUGGGGACCUCCCUGCCAUUCCCAAAGAAGGCGCUCCAAAGUUUCCAUUUGACAAGAAAUUGAAUGAGCGUGUCACCAUCUGGCGAGGGGAUAUCACCGUCCUGGAGAGCGAUAUGAUUGUGAACGCUGCCAACAGCUCCCUCCUCGGCGGCGGCGGCGUAGACGGCGCUAUCCACAGUGCUGCCGGCCGUAAGCUGCUGGACGAGUGCCGAACCCUCAACGGCGCAAAGACAGGUGAGACAAAGUUUACCAGUGCUUAUAAUCUGCCAAGCAAGAAAAUUGCCCACACUGUCGGGCCAGUCUAUUCGAGUGCCGAGAGAUCCGCGCCUCUGUUGGCUUCGUGCUACCGAUCGUCGUUGGAGGGGUGUAGGCAGUAUGGAGGAGGGUCUAUUGGGUUUAGCAGUAUCUCGACAGGUGUUUAUGGAUACCCGAUCAAAGACGCCACCCACAUAGCACUGGAGACGACCCGCAAGUUCUUGGAACAGGAUGAUACAGUCACAAACGUCAUCUACGUCGUCUUUUCCAAACGCGACGAAUCCAUUUACCACGAGCUCGUUCCCAUCUAUUUCCCCGGCUCUGACUUUACCUCUUCUUCCACCAAACCCGCCAAAGCUGCCUUUAUCUCCCCUGAAGAACACGAAUCAAGCAAGGUCAGAGAAGCCAGCGCCGAACCAUCAUCUUCCAACGCCCCAGUGGCGGCCGCAACAGCAGAUCUGGCUGCUGGUAUCGUUUCUGCCAUUGCUGGCGCCACCGCCGGUAUUGCCCCUGGAGAGAACUCUUCUGAGGGCGCUGAGGCUGCUCAAGUCGCGAAAGAGCCUCUGGAAGAAGGUUGGCAGGAGGUGGACGUUGCGGAAGCUAGAGAUGCGCCGGUCUCUGAAGAUGUUGGAGGGGAUGUUUUGGGGUUUAAAGCUGGUCCGGCGGCUGAUGAAGGUGCUGGAGAGGUCAAGCCGGAGAAGGUCAAGUCUGAUUAG